AUGAGUAAUAUUUCCAAGUCCGUGUCGACUUUAGAAGAAACGAGGACUGGUCUGUGUGAUGAGUUUGUGUCCAUAACAGGAUCCGAUAGCGCCGUGGCUCAAUGCUACCUCGCUGAAAAUGACUGGGAAAUGGAGGUACGUAUAGCUAGCCAGCUCAUAUCAGUCCCAAUUAUUAGUUAUCUCUAGUCGGAACGAGGCUAUGCCACGAUCAGGACAGCGCAGAGCCGGCUCGGGAAAACGUACCCCAAUUCAGGGAUUGGGAGAUGACAGUGUACUCCUAAUUAUCCCAACUCUAUAAUUUAAAUUACAGAUAGUUUAACGUCAGCAUGCUAGGCUAGCUAAUGCUAUAGCAACCCAUUGAAUUCGACAACACUUCCGGUAGCAGCUCACCACCACGUUACUCGUCGCAUUUUCAUGGAAUCCAAUGCGUGGGACAUGAACUAAUAAACAUGAUAUGACUUUAGUUACGGUCUGAAAACAACUGAGAACUUUGAGAAGCAUUAACCUACUUCUCUAUACUGCAUGCAUGUCGUGUUACCUUUUCAGAGAGCUUUGAACUCAUUUUUCGAGGCUGACAUGGAGGCAGUUUUUGCAGUGGAAGAUUCACCAAAGGACAGCAGCCCCCCUAAAGUUAAACGACAGAAGUUGGACAAACCACAGGGAAAAGUGGACUGGUAUGUAUUGUGAUAUGUAUUCAUGCAUUGGCCUGUCUACAAUAUCAAUGUUCAUUUAGUCAUUUUGGUAAUUGUAAAAUAAGCUGUGAGCCUCUUGGUUUGACAUUGCUGGUCUAGAUAUUUUCUCUAAUCCAGUGUUUCCUGGUCCUGGGGACCCAAAGGGGUGCACAUUUUAGUUAUUGCCUUAGCACUUGCCCUAACACUUUUGAUUCAAAUAAUCAAAGGCUUGAUGAAUCUAUUAGUAGUAGUAGUAGUAGUAUUAUUAUCAAUGAGUUGAAUCAAUUGUGUUAGUGCUAGGGCAAAACCCUUUGGGCCCUGAGGACCAGGACUGGGCAACAUUGCUCUAAUCUGUCCUUGCAAAUCCUGCAGCAUUGACCUGACCACAGAAGAGCCUGCCUGUUCCAGCAGCAACGCCAAGUCAACAGACUCCUCCAAGUCAGUGGAACCCAAAGCUAAACUUAAAGCCUCGGGCUCUGAGGAGCAGGACGACAGCAAACUGUCGCUGAUCUCCUGGAAUGUAGAUGGACUGGACACCGUGAACCUGGGAGAGCGUGCUAGAGGCCUCUGUUCUUAUCUGGCCCUGUGAGUCACUGUGUUCGCUAACUGUCCUUUUAUAAUGUCAGCCAUUUAUGGAACUAUGUGAAAUACUUUCCUUAACAUCCUCACUCUCAACCCAAUGAUUUUCUCUGGGUUACUUAAGUUGCAUCCCAAAUGGCACCCGAUUCCCUAAUAUUGUACACUACUGUUGACCAGGGCAGGGGUUACCAAAGCUUUGUGGCCCACGACCCCAUUUUUCUAUAAAUUUUUUAUCUUGACCCCAACCAUGUGAAAACAAUUAUUAAUUAACAGCCAAUGUUUUGUUUUUUUAAAUUGGGGCUAUGGCAGUCAAUUGCAAAACAUUCUAACAGUAUUUCUGAUUUGUCUUCUCAACUCACCAUCAUAUACUUUAAUGUGGGGUUAUGACAGUCAAUUGCAAAUUAAUCUCUUAUCUCACCACCACUAAUGAGAUAGGUGUGGCUUGAUGCAUGUCGCGUCGGAGCUUCUCAAGGUCAGGGGGCGUGGUCGACAGUGCACACCGCAUCUCUGCUGUCACAUCCAACCUGGAUCGAUAUUGAUCUUCAGGUCGGAAAGUCUGAGCUCUACAUUUUAGUCAUUUAGCAGACGCUCUUAUCCAGACUUACAGUGAGUGCAUACAUUUUUUUUUCUUCAUACUGGCCCCCCGUGGGAAUCGAACCCACAACCCUGGCGUUGCAAACGCCAUGCUCUACCAACUGAGCUACACAGGCCUCUAGAAAGACGUCAGAGUUUCUGAGUUGGAAUUCCAUUCAAAUUGUUUUUUUCCAGUCUGAGCUCAUUUUUUCCCCAGAGUUCCCAGUUGUUUUGAACGCGGCAUUAAUGCUCAGAGGGAGACGUCAAGGUAUUCCCUUUGUCAGGAACCAAAACUCCUCCGUAGUGAUCCGUGAUUGCGAGUCGUUCAGUCAGUUUCGUCUUGAUUUCUAGCAAUGGCAUAAAUUAUUCUUUAACAGUGUUAUCUGACAAAGGUAUUGAUGUGAGUUUCUGUGCCUCUGCCUCCCCACACAUUGUUUUCACCAUAUCAAUUGUGUCCGGUAAUAUCAAAGUCUCUGCAAUACUGUGGUUUCAUAGCGUAGCGGACCUAGCCAUUCACCGUGGGAAUUAUUCAAGUGCAAUGGUCAAGUGCGCCUUUUCCCAUGAUCUAAGGGCGCGCUCUGGGUGAAUUUUAUCUUGUUGAAUUUAUCUUUUAGAUUUGAAUAAUUUUCAUUUAGAUUUGUAAGCUUAACCACAUUACAAUGAUGUCGAGAUACAAAUAUGAUAUUAUAAUUUUAAAAAAAUUCUUCUGGAUUUAGUAAAUUCUCCUGCCACCCCAUUUUCCUAUCAGGGACCCCUAGUUUGUGAAUCACUGGCCAUUUAGGGUACAUACAACCUACUAACAUCCUUCCUCUGAACUCAAGGACAUGUCUCUGGGUUAGCCAACAUUUCAGGCAGAUCCAAAACAUCAUGAGGAUGUCUGGACAAAAAUACACAGACAUUUAGUUUGCAUUUCAAAUGGAUACUAGUGGUGGAUAGCACCGUGAUUGGUCUUGUCUGGUAAAGUAUUUUUAACAUUUGUCCUCUCUCCUCCGUUAAGCUACACCCCUGACGUGGUGUUUCUGCAGGAACUCAUUGAACCGUAUGUUCAGUACCUCAAGAAGCGGGCUGUCAGCUACACCAUCAUUGAGGGUAUGGUGGGAAAGUUUGAUGAUAAGAUAAAUACCUGCAUUCCAAUUUCCACAGUAGCAUACUACUUAGAAUGCAUGCUCAAUACACUGCUUCGACCUAAGUGGUGUUAGUUAGGUUAUAGGAUAUUGAAACAGAACCAGUGUCUUGUGUCAUUUUAUGCCAAAGUCGUGGGUUCGAUUCCCUCUGAGGAAUGUAAGUUGCUUUGAAUAAAAGUGUGUGCUAAAUGGCAUAUAUACACCGAGUAUACAAAACAUUAAGAACACCUGCUCUUUCCAUGACAUAGACUGACCAGGUGAAAGCUAUGAUCCCUUAUUGAUGUCACUUGUUAAUCCAUUUAAAUUAGUGUAGAUGAAGGGGAGGAGACAGGUUAAAUAAUUAUUUUUAAGCCUUGAGACAAUUGAGACAUGAUUGUGUAUGUGUGUCAUUCAGAGGGUGAAUGGGCAAGACAAAAGAUUGAAGUGCCUUCGAACGAGGUAUGGUAGUAGGUGCCAGGUGCACUGGUUUGUGUCAAGAACUGCAAUGCUGCUGGCUUUUUCACGCUCAACAGUUUCCCGUGUGUAUCAAGAAUGGUCCACCACCCAAAGGACAUCCAGCCAACUUGACACAACUGUGGGAAGCAUUGGAGUCAACAUGGACCAGCAUCCCUGUGGAACGCUUUCGACACCUUGUAGAGUCCAUGCACCGACGAAUUGAGGCUGUUCUGAGGGCAAAAGGGGGUGCAACUCAAUAUUAGGAAAGUGUUCUUAAUGUUUUGUAUACUCUCUGUGUGUAUGUAUGUAUGUAUGUAUCCAUUACAUUUGACAUUUUAGUCAUUUGGCAGACACUCUUAACCAGAGCGACUUACAGUUGUGAUACAUUUUUUUUCUUCAUACUAGUCCCCCAUGUGCAUGUAUGUGUAUGUAUGUAUGUGUGUAUAUAUAUGUGUGUACAGUUGAAGUCGGAAGUUUACAUACUCUUAGGUUGGAGUCAUUAACUUGUUUUUCAACCACUCCACACAUUUCUUGUUAACAAACUAUAGUUUUGGCAAGUCUGUUAGGACAUCUACUUUGUGCAUGACACAAGUGAUGUUUUCCAACAAUUGUUUAUAGAAAGAUUAUUUCACUUAUAAUUCACUGUAUCACAAUUCCAGUGGGUCAGAAGUUUACAUACACUAAGUUGACUGUGCCUUUAAACAGCUUGGAACAUUCCAGAAAAUGAUGUCAUGGCUUUAGAAGCUUCUGAUAGGCUAAUUGACAUAAUUUGAGUCAAUUGGAGGUCUACGUGUGGAUGUAUUUCAAGGCCUACCUUCAAACUCAGUGCCUCUUUGCUUGACAUCAUGGGAAAAUCAAAAGAAAUCAGCCAAGACCUCAGAAAAAAAAUGGUACACCUCCACAAAUAUGGUUCAUCCUUGGGAGCAAUUUCCAAAUGCCUGAAGGUACCACGUUCAUCUGUACAAACAAUAGUACGCAAGUAAAAACACCAUGGGACCACGCAGCCGUCAUACCGCUCAGGAAGGAGAUGCGUUCUGUCUCCUAGAGAUGAACGUACUUUGUUGCGAAAAGUGCAAAUCAAUCCCAGAACAACAGCAAAGGACCUUGUGAAGAUGCUGGAGGAAACAGGUACAAAAGUAUCUAUAUCCACAAUAAAAUAAGUCCUAUAUCGACGUAACCUGAAAGGCCGCUCAGCAAGGAAGAAGCCACUGCUCCAAAACCGCCAUAAAAAAGCCAGACUACGGUUUGCAACUGCACAUGGGGACAAAGAUUGUACUUUUUGGAGAAAUGUCCUCUGGUCUGAUGAAACAAAAAUAGAACUGUUUGGCCAUAAUGACGAUCGUUAUGUUUGGAGGAAAAAGGGUGCUGCUUGCAAGCCAAAGAACACCAUCCCAACCGUGAAGCACGGGGGUGGCAGCAUCAUGCUGUGGGGGUGCUUUGCUGCAGGAGGGACUGGUGCACUUCACCAAAUAGAUGGCAUCAUGAGGAAGGAACAUUAUGUGGAUAUGAAGCAACAUCUCAAGACAUCAGUCAGGAAGUUAAAGCUUGGUCGCAAAUGGGUCUUCCAAAUCGACAAUGACCCCAAGCAUACUUCCAAAGUUGUGGCAAAAUGGCUUAAGGACAACAAAGUCAAGGUAUUGGAGUGGCCAUCACAAAGCCCUGACCUCAAUCCUAUAGAAUAUUUGUGGGCAGAACUGAAAAAGUGUGUGCGAGCAAGGAGGCCUACACCAGCUCUGUCAGGAGGAAUGGGCCAGAAUUCACCCAACUUAUUGUGGGAAGCUUGUGGAAGGCUACCCGAAAUGUUUCACCCAAGUUAAACAAUUUAAAGGCAAUGCAACCAAAUACUAAUUGAGUGUAUGUAAACUUCUGACCCACUGGGAAUGUGAUGAAAGAAAUAAAAGCUGAAAUAAAUCAUUCUCUCUACUAUUAUUCUGACAUUUCACAUUCUUAAAAUAAAGUGGUGAUCCUAACUGACCUAAAACAGGGAAUUCUUACUAGGAUUAAAUGUCAGGAAUUGUGAAAAACUGAGUUGAAAUGUAUUUGGCUAAGGUGUAUGUGAACUUCCGACUUCAACUGUAUGUAUAAAUGUAUGUGUGUAUAUAUGUAUAAAUGCCAGACAUUUCACUUCCUCAAUGUCAGGAGGCAAGGAGGGGUACUUCACUGGUUUGAUGUUGAAGAAGUCCAGAGUGAAGGUCCUGAACAGUGACGUCAUCAGUUACCCAAGCACCCAGAUGAUGAGGAAUCUGCUGGUUGCUGAAGUAGGUCCACGCGCCGAUAACACACAGAGUCCUAAACAGGAAGUAGGUCCACGCGCCGAUAACACAGAGUCCUAAACAGGAAGUAGGUCCACGCGCCGAUAACACACACAGAGUCCAAACAGGUAAUCAGUUACCCAAGCACCCAGAUGAUGAGGAAUCUGCUGGUUGCUGAAGUAGGUCCACGCGCCGACAACACAGACAGAGUCCAAACAGGUAAUCAUCUUGUUAAUACGCAGCUCAUCUGAAGUCUGUCGUGUCCAUCCGGCCUCAGGUGAAGUUCAGGGACCAGGAGCUGUGUGUGAUGACGUCCCAUUUCGAGAGCUGUAAGGGACAGGCAGAGGAGAGGAUGAAACAGCUGAGGGUGGUGCUGAAGAGGAUGACGGACGUGCCCAGUAACGUGACUGUCCUAUUCGGAGGGGACACCAACCUGAGGGACACAGAGGUUAGGCUUUGGUCUCCCUAAUAUAUCCUAAAAAAACAUGAUCUUUCUCUCUGGCCUCUCACUCACUCUCGUCAAUAUCUCAAGAUAGGAAUCUAAACUAUUCAUAAAAACAUUUUGUUUUACCGUUAUUUUUGUGUCACAGGUGACAAAGGUCGGAGGUCUUCCCAGUGGUGUGUGUGACGUGUGGGAUCAGCUGGGGAAGCAGGAACACUGCAGGUACACCUGGGACACCAAGGCCAACAGCAACAAGAGCGUACCGUAUGUCAGCAGGUGUCGUUUUGACCGCGUCUACCUCCGGCCGGCCAGGGAGGGCCCCGGGUCCCGGAUGGCCCCGGACCACAUGGCCCUGGUGGGGUUAGAGAAGCUGGACUGUGGUCGCUACACCAGCGAUCACUGGGGAAUCUACUGCAGCUUUACCACUGGCUCCUGAGACUGAGGGUGUGGCCCAAAUGGCACCCAGUACUCUUUAGUGCACUACUUUAGACCAGGAC